AUGGAUCGCUGGUGUAGGAUUGUUCCCUUCAUGGUUCUGGCCUUCCAGUCCUUGAUAGCAACGACGACAGCACAGAAUCCGAUACCACCGACAGCAGCACCGGCGAGUGAUGGUGAAGUGAUUGGUUAUGCCAAAGACGGCUCCACCUCGAUGAUGAGAAAACGUUUGGGUUCUGCUACACCGACAGAGAAGGAUAUCACCAAGUUCACACAUCAUGCCGUGGAAGCACCAUUUACUACACCGGGUGAGAAACCAACGGACUGGUCGGUUCCUUCUGCAACCUCAACAGAUGAUAGCGAUGACACGAGGUCAAGCGGAAUAGAAAGGGGUGGGCCUAGCCCAGGUGUUAUUGCAGGCGCGGUGGUCGGAGCCCUCGCUGGCAUCGCUCUGAUUGCCUGUGCCCUGAUAAUCGGUUUCCGCAUGGGAAGACGGCAUCCCCAGCUGGACAACCAAGAGUCGGGGUCGAAGAAGAGCUUCAGGAACACCAUCAGUUCCUUUCCACGACCAGCCAUCGCACGGAGUCGCCCCAAUGACAAUGGAACCCCGGAAAGGGACCUGCAGAACGACGUUUCCGUCCUUCAGGUGAAUUUCUCAGAUGACGCAACUGCGAAGAGGGCAUCCAAGCUGCCGAGUCCAGCACAGAGUCCGGUCAGCCAAGUGCAAAGCAUUCCACCACCCAUCAGCCCCCAGCCCUACUCUACAACUGCGGCCGAGAGUCACAGGGUGGAACUCCCAACUGGGAUCGAGUCUCAGGGCUGGGCUAGGUCGGACGCACAUCCAUUGCCGUAUGAGGUUGAUGCGCAGCCGCAGGCGCAUGAGGUUGACGGAGCGCCGAACACUAGGGCAUCGUCACCAUGA